UAACCAUUCGCUAAAACCCAUCCAGACUGACAAAUAAUCAUGUUCGGAAACUCAGGUAAUUCAUCGUUUGGUGGAUUCGGCGCCAACAAACCGGCCUCUGGAUUCGGUACAAACCCCACCGCCCCUGCUGCACCAGCUGCAUCUGGUGGAUUAUUUGGCUCCAACAAUACAACCGCCAAUUCUACCUCUGGUGGUCUUUUUGGAGGAUCUUCAAAUACAAAUCCAUCAACUAAUACUCAAUCUAAUGGAGGAAUGUUUGGAUCCAAUACCAACACUCAAUCUAGCGGAGGAAUGUUUGGCUCAAAUAACACCAAUCAAUCAACCACUGGAGGUGGCCUUUUCGGCUCAAAACCAGCAACCGGUGGAGGUCUUUUUGGGUCCAACCCUUCGAAUCCCGGUACCGGUAGCGGUACUGGAAGUUCUGGUUUUAGUUUUGGAAAUACUAAUAAUCCCCAAAAUAAUACUACCGGUGGAGGAUUGUUUGGUGGAUCAAAUAAUAAUACCACAUCCUCUACCAGUGGUGGGUUAUUUGGUAAUAAUAAUAACAACCAAACUAGUUCCGGUGGGCUAUUUGGGAAUAAGCCAGCAUCGGGAGGAUUAUUUGGCGGGAAUACCUCUAACAAUACCUCAGGAGGUGGAUUGUUUGGAGGAGCAAAUAGCAAUCAACAGCAACAACAACAACAACAACAGCAACAAGAAACUCAAUUGACAGCCAUGACAAGAGUUGGGGAUUUACCACCUGCUGUCAAGAAAGAAUUGGAAGAUUUCGAUACUUAUAUCAAUACUCAGCAUUUAAUAGCCACAACCUUAAAAUCAGACAUGUAUAAACAUGAUAAUUUAAUCAAAUCAAUAAAUAAAGAUACUGAUUAUCUUUAUACAAAAUUAUCAUCUACAAAACAAGCAUUAAAAUUCGAUUCAAAUCAAUUGCUAUCACUAAAAGAAAUCAAUAAUGAAUUAACGGAAGAUAUAAAUAAAAUGAUGCAUUUAAUAAUACAAUUAUCAACUCCAGGUACUAGAUUAUCUUCUUCAUUUCAAUUAAAUGAAUUUUUCGUUAAGAAAAUUAAAAAAUAUUAUGAAAUAUUAGAUACCUAUCAAAAUAUAGUCAAAGAAGCCGAGGAAGUCAUUGGUGGCUUGGAACGCUCCUGUGUUGAAGGAUUCGGAGGUUUAUUUAACGUUGUGGAAGUUGUUAAAGAUCAAUAUAAUUUAUUCAUGGAAUUAUGUGACACCAUUGCUCAAGUUCAUAACAAUCUCGGUAAAUUGACCAAAUAAUCCAUAAAUUCCCGAUCCUCUUGCAUCAAUGCUCUUCUAUAUAUGUAUUAUUAGCUUUA